AUGUCUAUACGAGCAAAUCGGCAAGAUGUAUUGAAAGAUCUUUCGGAAAAUUCACAAAAAUUCAUACUUUACAAAGAGAAGACAUAUCCGAUUUUGAACAGCACUGAAGCGAGACGCCUUAUAACUGAAUAUAAUCAGGAAGAAAAAAUAUCGAAUAUAGAGACUUUUGGACCUAUAAAGAAUAAUACUGUUGUUCUAGUCGUCACAGUAAACAAAUUACAUGAAUCUUUGAAAUAUCUUAUAGCAUCACUGAGCGAACUAGACGCCAUAGAAGAAACACUAUUAGUAUUCUCACACUUAACCUAUGACCAAGAAUUGUACGACUUCAUUCAAACCAUAGACUUCUGUCGCGUUUGGCAAAUAUUUUAUCCAUAUACUCUGCAGGUUUACACCGACGCUUUUCCAGGUUUUAGUAAAAAUGACUGUCCCACAAAUAUGAAACACAAGAAAGCCGAAGCACUCAAGUGUAUUGGAGCACAAACUCCGGACGUCCAUGGAAAAUAUAGACAGCCAUCGAAAGCCCAGGAAAAACAUUAUUGGUGGUGGACGGCGAAUAGGGUGUUCGAACAUCUUCUUUCUUUUAACAAUCAAAACGGAGUUGUUGUAUUUCUUGAGGACGAUGCUUUCGUUCUACAAGAUUUUCUCUAUAUGACAGUUUAUAUGCACAAGUUGACGAUAUCUCUACCGCAGCUGGAGUUUAUAUAUUUAGGGCUGCACAAGUGGUCGUUGGAAAAUGAUACAUAUGGCAUAGACAUUACGACAUGGGAUCCCAAACAGCAUUCUAGCGUGCUCGCAUUUGAUGUAAGCGUUUGGAAUAGUAUCAUCCAACACUACGACCUAUUCUGUGAGGUGGAUGACGCGUCGUGGUCUCGGUCCUUACUGUACAUCUCAUUGAAUAGAAGGGAUAAUAAAAGAUUCAAAGUGGCCUACACUACUAUACCUAGAGUUCUAAAGACUACUUUAUGCUCAUUUAAUGGGUUUUAUGAAUCCUGUAAUGUCGAGGAUAAUGUAGUAAACGCUCUGAGGAUGCAAAGACAUUUGAAGAGUAAUCUUUUUCCGCCAUAUCUAGAGGUGUACACACAUAUUGAACUAGAAGACGACGAGUUCAUGUUUUUUGACGUUUUAGAAGGCGAGGGCGGCUGGAACGACCCCCGCGACAAAGCUUUGUGCUCGGCCAAUAUAACAGAAAAUACAGUGAAAAAGCUACUUAUGGACAUGUCCAGGGAAUUUAAGGAUGCGUAUAAAAGUUUUUGA